GCAACUUCGUCUUACAUCUUGAUAAUAAUAGUCCGUUAUAAGGUCCUCCUCGAUUCUUCGACGAUGCCGCAUUGCCUAAACGUCCCAGUCGCUUUGGGUUUAUUCCUCUACCUCGAUUGUGCGAGCGUAUGCCGGAUUUUGCUGCCAAUGACGACAUGGAUGGGAUUCGUCACGGUGAAAAGGAACCUCCUCACGAAUCCAAUGAUAGCAAUGCCGGGAUCGACAGCAGACCCCAAGACACACAGAGACUUGAAGGGGAUGGCAAGGAUGCCCAGGUAAAGAAAGGAGACAUUGACAAGGUCGAGAAGCCAUUCAGCAUAUAUACAAGCGGAGAGAAGUGGUUGAUAGUGAGCUUAGCUGCCUUUGGUGGUUUGUUCAGCCCUUUGACAGCCAACAUAUACUUCCCUGCUAUUCCUACUAUCGCGACGGCGUUCCACAAAUCCAUAGAACUCAUAAAUGUCACCGUUACCGUGUACAUGAUCAUGCAAGGUUUAUCGCCGAUGGUAUGGGGCACCAUGGCAGAUAAGAUCGGUCGGAGACCCAUCUUUGUCGCGUGCCUUCUGAUCUUGUCUCUGUCCUGCGUUGGGCUCGCCCUCGUUCCUACGGAUGCUUACUGGCUGCUGGUACUUCUUCGUGGAAUACAAGCAGCAGGGUCAGCUAGUACCAUUGCACUUGGUGCCGGAGUAGUAGGUGACAUCGCUACUCCUGCGGAAAGGCGAGGAUUCUUCGGCCUGUACAAUGUCGGACCUAUGGUAGGACCGAGCAUCGGUCCCAUUGUAGGUGGCGCUUUGGCCGGGCACCUUGGGUGGAGAGCUAUAUUCUGGUUCAUGUGCAUAGCCGCGGGUCUCUGUUGUGUAUUCAUAUUCUUAGUGUUCCCAGAGACUCUCCGAGCCCUUGUAGGCGACGGAAGCAUUCCCCCACCAAAGUAUGCGCGGCCGCCAAUUGCGUUACUUGGACGGAGAAGAGAACACUCAUCCACAGAAAGGCCACCCAAGAAGCGCUUCCAAAAUCCCUUGCGAUUAUUCCUCAUACCAGAGAUAAUCAUCCCUCUCAUAUUCUCCUCCGUGGUGUUCGCUGUGUUAUACGGAUUCACAACCCCGAUGUCGAAUCUCUUUAUGGAAGCUUACCCUUUCUUAAACGAGACUGACAUCGGACUGUGUUAUCUGGCAAACGGCGGCGGCAUGCUUAUGGGCAGCACUCUCUCAGGACGGUUGCUGGACAAAGACUACCAGAGACUCAAGCGCAGCCUAAUGAAGAAGAUUGCAGCAGACCCGGAGAAGCGAAUCAAUCCCGAUGAUAUCACCAAGAGCGAAAACUGGCCGGUGGAGAAGGCAAGAUUACGAACGCUGCCCUACUACGUGGCUGUAUUAGUGGCCGUCUGCUGUGGAUAUGGUUGGUGUCUGCAAGAGAAAGUCUCCAUCGCUGCUCCGCUGGUCUUGCAAAUCCUUGUUGGCUUCCUAGUUACAGCGUUUAUGACUUCUAUUCAGACAUUGAUCGUCGACUUGGCGCCUACGCAAAGCUCCGCCGUAACUGCAUGCAAUAAUGUGGUCCGUUGCUCAGUGGGAGCGGCCCUCGUCUCCGUGGUGGAGCUCAUUUUAACUGCGAUUGGUCCGGGUUGGACCUACGUUCUCUUCGGCGGUCUUGUGGCUGCAUUUACGCCGUUGCUCUUCUUGGUGAUGCACAUGGGGCCGAAGUGGCGAGCACGACGGCGCGCAAAAAGGCAAGAGGGGGCUGGCAAAUAAAAGACCUUCGAUUCUCGCCCAUGCUCUUGGCGGUAUCUAUACACUCUCGUACGCCCCAGACUCUUCCCUUUUCC